GCCAUCCUCAAAGCCUCAUCCACCUGUUGUGGGCAAAGUGACUCAUCACAGCAUCGAGUUAUACUGGGAUCUGGAAAAGAAAGCUAAACGGCAAGGACCUCAAGAGCAGUGGUUCAGGUUCUCAGUUGAAGAAGAAGACCCCAAAAUGCACACUUACGGUAUCAUUUAUACGGGAUAUGCAACGAAGCACGUGGUCGAAGGUCUGGAACCAAGGACAGUGUAUAGAUUUCGACUGAAGGUCACCAGCCCCUCUGGAGAGUACGAGUACAGCCCAGUCAUCUCGGUGUCAACGACCAGAGAGCCCAUAAGUAGUGAGCACUUCCAUCGAGCUGUCAGUGUGAAUGAUGAAGAUUUGCUUGUUCGAAUACUUCAAGGAGGUCACGUUAAGGUUGAUGUUCCCAAUAAGUUUGGCUUCACUGCUCUGAUGGUUGCUGCCCAGAAAGGAUAUACCAGGCUGGUGGAAAUCCUGGUUUCUAACGGCACAGACGUGAAUCUGAAGAACGGAAGUGGCAAGGACAGUCUAAUGCUUGCAUGCUAUGCAGGCCACCUAGAUGUUGUGAAAUAUCUGCGAAGACACGGUGCUUCUUGGGAGGCUAGAGACCUGGGAGGCUGUACGGCUCUGCACUGGGCUGCAGACGGAGGCCACUGCAAUGUGAUUGAGUGGAUGAUACAGGAUGGCUGCGAGGUAGAUGUUGCGGAUGCUGGAUCGGCGUGGACCCCGCUCAUGAGAGUCUCCGCAGUGUCGGGAAACCCGUGGGUGGCCUCCCUCCUAAUCGAGGCCGGGGCCGACGUGAAUGUGAAGGAUAAAGACGGAAAGACACCGCUCAUGGUGGCUGCGUUAAAUAAUCACGAAAAGUUAGUUCAGUUACUUCUUGACAAAGGGGCAGAUGCAAGUGUAAAAAAUGAGUUCGGCAAAAGUGUCCUAGAAAUGGCCAGAGUUUUUGACAGACAGAAUGUAGUCUCCUUAUUAGAAGAAAGGAAAAAAAGCAAAUGCCGAAGAAGUCUUCUGUCUGCUGACCAGAGCACCACUCAUUUACAAAACCCAUGUAAAACAAAGCAAAAUCUGUGUGUUGAGAGAUGAAAUUCUGCAUCUUUGAGGGCUGUACGUUUAUUUAUUUAGUUGGAGAUUCACGGCGACUUUUUUGUAACAUACAACUGUUCCCACUUUAAAAUACAUCUUUUUACCUAA